AUGUGUUGAUGCUGGGAGAUUCUUGGCAUAUCCUGUUGCUGAAGAAGAACUUAUUACAUGGAUAAAAGAACUUUAUCUGGUCAGAAUUGCUGCAACAGCUAGGGCUAUCAAAAUACAAAUGACUACUAUUCUUGCAACAACUUGUGCAAAUACUUAUUCAG